AUGGGAAAAAUACCUAAGGAUUUUCACUUGCACUUUGCAGAUACAGAACGUUGCCUGAAGUGUCCAGAAGAUCAGCAUCCAAACAAGUCCAGGGAUCAGUGCAUCCCCAAGGACAUCACCUUCCUGUCCUUUGAAGAACAUCUGGGGAUCAUCCUGGCUGCCUUUGCCCUCACCUUGUCCUUAACCACAGGCCUUGUGCUAGGAAUCUUUGUUAAAUUCCUAGAGACCCCAAUCGUCAAAGCCAACAACCGGGACCUUUCCUACAUCCUCCUCGUCUCCCUUCUGCUCUCCUUCUCGUCCUCCUUCCUCUUCAUUGGACAACCAAGGGAAGUGACCUGCCUCCUCCAACAAGCAGCCUUCAACAUCAUCUUCUCAGUGGCUGUCUCUUCACUCUUGGCCAAAACCAUCACUGUGGUGCUGGCCUUUCUGGCCACCAAGCCAGGCAACAGGGUUAGAGGAUGGCUGGGGAAGAGCUUGGCCAACUCCAUUGUCAUCUCCUGCUCCAGUAUCCAAGUUGUCAUUUGCACCAUCUGGCUAGCCACCUCUCCACCUUUCCCUGACUCUGACAUGCACUCCCAGGAUGGGCAGAUCAUUCUGCAGUGCAGAGAAGGCUCUGUGGCCAUGUUCUAUGCUGCCCUUUGCUACAUGGUCUUCCUGGCUGCCGUCUGCUUCAUGGUGGCCUUCCUUGCCAGGAAGCUGCCUGGGGCCUUCAACGAGGCCAAGCUGAUCACCUUCAGCAUGCUGGUCUUCUGCAGCGUCUGGGUGUCCUUUGUGCCCGCCUACCUGAGCUCCAGGGGCAAGUACAUGGUGGCCGUGCAGGUGUUCUCCAUCUUGGCCUCCAGUGCUGGCCUGCUGGGCUGCAUCUUCCUCCCCAAGUGCUACAUUAUUCUAGUGAGGCCUGACCUGAACAUGAAGGGGCAUCUCACCAUGAAAACGAAAGAUGACACCUGA